AUGAAAAGUCCAAAAAUCAAUCUAAGUGAAUAUCAAAAUGAACGAGAUGACAGAGAUCUCAAUAAAGAAAAAGAUGAUGAUUAUUGUUCUCUGGAACUAUAUGACCAACCUCAACCUAUAAAUGAAAAUGAUGAUUUUAACAAUUCUAAAAAUAUUGAAACAGAAUAUGAUGAACAAGAUCACUUAUCUUCUGAUUUGAAAACUUCAAGAAAAUGCGAACAUGAUAUGGAUGAUAUUGUACUAACACAAACAAACAAGAAAAUUGUAGUUGUUCCUGUGGAAUUUUUAGAAAAAUUAAACGGACAAAAUAAAGUUAUCUGGAAGAAUCAACUGAAACAAGAUAAAAAGCUUGACGAAAUUAUGAAGAUUUUAUCAAAACUACAGCACGAAGAUGGCUUGUCAUCUGCUUUUUUGAUAUAA